UAAAAAUUACCUCUACUUCGAUCCCCAAGAGAAAACCAAAAUCGCCCACCCUUGCUGACGUCACGCCUAGAAUGAGGAAGCAAAAUACGUGCGCAAGGUACAGAGGCGCCACUUGAUAUCCAUUGCCAGUCUAUCACUCAUCAGGAAGCAAAACCUUCAUCUCCUCCGCAAUCUCUCAUUCACGUUCUGUAUAUUCGAAACCAGAAACACACAAGAGAUAAACAUGUCGCAGCGUUACUCUCACAACAACAACAAUAAGUCACAACAAGAGUCGAGCAGCACCCACGCCAGAAAUUUCCCUAAAAACAAUAAAAAAUUCAUUCCCAGAAACCAAAAUCCUAACCCUACACUCUCAAAUUCUCUUAGACAAUCGCUUUCGAAGCAAUCCGAUUCUGCCGCCGCUGCAUCGACUGCUAGCAGCGGCGCAGCGUCAUCCAGUAGGGUCCGGAUGGGAGAUAAUAAAGCUUGGGUGUCCAGCAGAACGGCGGCGGGACCUCAGGAUGUUGGCAAUUUCAUUAACUACUUGCCGCAGGAUGAGGCGGUGGCGGCUGGGCUUGGCGCCGAGGAAGGAGGAUUGGAUCCAGUGGAGUCUCAGAGAGUUGUGGAUCUUUUGAAUAGUGAGUUAUCUCGGUUGCUUAAGUUGAGCCCUAGAGAGUUCUGGAGAGAAGUGGCCAGUGACAAUUCCUUGCAUGAGUUUCUGGAUAGCUUCCUGAAAUAUAGGAGUAGAUGGUAUGAUUUCCCGCAUCGUGGAGUUAAGGGCAUUGUUGCAGGCAUCAUUGUUGGAGAACACGAUUUAAGUCGCCGUGUUUUCAUAGUAUUGUAUCGCAUAUCUUCCAACAGGGAUCCAGGUGCUCGGGCUGCUGAUACUCUUAGUUCAAGAGAGCAUGCAGUCCUUUUGCAGGACAAAAAGUUGCUUGACUUGCCAAAGCUGUUGGAUAUAUGUGCCAUUUAUGGCCACGAAAAUGAAGAAUUGACUCAGUUACUGGUUGCAAAUGCUUUGCAAGCCCAGACUGGGAUCCAUGAUAAUUUAACUGCUGCCAUGUCACAGUUUUUGGAGAUUGUUAACACAAUGUUUCAACGUUGCAUCUCAUCUUUGGAGGCUUUAUUUUCCUCUGCAAGCCAUGAAGACCGUGGAUCUAGUUCUCUUCAUUAUGAUUUCCUAGAGGUGAUGGAUUUCAUAAAUGAUGCAGUUGUUUCCAUGGAUGCUUUUAUUAAUGCGUACAAACCAGCAGCUGCGUUCUUUUCAUGCCCUGUAGAAACAAGUUAUGGAAUUGAAGAAUUGUUGGUCAUGCUUGCAAGAUUGCAUGAUACUUUGCUUCCAUCUUUACAGCGUGGGUUCCGAAUUAUGUUGACAGGAGGAGAUGAAGAAUCGAUAUCAAAUAUUUCUGUUAGUUUGAAGAUGUUAUCCAUGAGAAUUUUCAAACUGGGCUGGAAAUUAUUGGAUAUUUGCUAUUUAAGUAAUGAAGUAUUCACAGAUUGCCUUCCCCUUCCAGCCAUAACAAAGAUUUUUCCAGCAAAAGUGGAGGACCCUGUCAUUAGAGCAGAUAUAUUGAUUCAAACCUUUAGGGAGAUCAGUGGAGUUCUGCUGUACACCCAGGACAACCAGCACAGAAAUACAUUUCUUCAGAAUCUUGAUAAGAAUUACCAUCUAAUGAGUAAACUGCAGAGCUUACAGGAUGCUGGAUGGAUAUUCAUAGAUGAUGAACAACUACAGUAUUUAUCUGGGAUAAUGAUGUGUUCUCUGAAGGGCACUGUUAAGGAGCAACCAGUUAUGCCAAUCCCUGUUUCAAACAACAAAGUUGAAAUGGAUGAAGAUGCAGCCAUCAAAGAGUCCAAAAUUAGUCAAAUAAAGGACUUAUUUCCUGAUUAUGGUAAGGGGUUCUUAGCUGCCUGUCUUGAAGUUUAUAACCAGGAUCCAGAAGAGGUGAUUCAGAGAAUACUCGAGGGGACUCUUCAUGAAGAUCUCAAGUGUUUGGAUACAUCACUGCAGAUCAUGCCAACAGCCAAGUCUGCUUUGACAAAGGAUAAAGGAAAGGGGAAGUUAGUUGAAUCUACACCAUUCCCUUCGACGACACCAACUCAUUCUACCAAUACAGGGGUAGCAGGAGAACGACAAUUUGACAGUCCAUCUGUUUCGUCCUCAUCUACAGUUGGGAGGUUUGUUAGAAAAUCUCAUGAUGUGCAAGAACAUUAUACUCUUAAUACCAGAGAUGACAAGGAUGCAGCUAGGACUAUGGCUCUGAUUUCACAGUACGAGUACGAAGAUGAAUAUGAUGAUUCCUUUGAUGAUCUAGGUUUGAGUGUUGCAGAUUCAGGGUUGGAGGAGAACGAAAUAUUUAGGAGCGAAGUUGGCUCUAGCUUGGGAAAACCUUCAGGGACUGAAAGUGUAGGCUCUGUUCAAACUGCUUCUAGUACGAAGUGGGGAUCCAGGAAAAAGCCGCAAUACUUUGUCAAGGAUGGAAAGAACUAUAGCUACAAGGUCGCUGGGUCAGUUGCGGUCGCAAAUUCCGAUGAAGCUUCGCUAGUUAAUCAAGCACAGGGAGAUCUAAUUUAUGGUCUUGGACGUGGUGGUAACCUUCCCAUAGGUGCAGUUAAGAAGCUGAUGGAGUAUCAGGAGCAAGAACAGCAGAGAGAAUCUGAUGAACCAGAAACGGAAGGGAGAGGAAACACGAGGAAUCCCAGGGGUAGAGGCAGAAGGGGAGGGGGAGGAAGGCCGAGGGAGUCUCAUGAAGAGCAGGAUAACCAAUCUGAUGGUUCUGAGAUGCAAGGGAGAGGAAAUGCAGGAAAUCCGAGGGGCAGGGGAAGGAGGGGAAGAGGAAACAACAAUUACAGGAAGGAUAGAGCUAUGCAUAAGCACUUUUCAGGAUUGUCUGGUUUUUAGGGAACUUGCAAAAUUUUCAGGAAGAUAAUCUAUGAAGAAAACUUUCUACGCUUGCCAAAGAUUAUUAUAUGUUGAGAUAUAAAUACAAGUGUAUAGUUGGAUCCUUUCCAAUUAGUCAAAUCUGAACAGCCAUUUCUGGAGGGUUGUUCUUACUGGUCCUCCAAAAGUUCCAGAAAGUCUCUACUAGGAACUGGGAAGUGAAAGAUUUGAUGUUGCUAUUUACUCCGCCCUUUUUGUUUCCACCUUCCCGGGCUGGAAAUACAAUAUAUAUGAUUUUGAAGAUUUGAAUUAAUUUAGCAUAAAUAUUUAUUAAAUUAUGAAUUUCAAAUUGCAACA